AUGAUAAAUGAGAAAGAGGGUGAGUCGGACUCGCAAUGGAAAGGGUUCCUUAAGAAGCUAAAAAAGGGUCCUGGGGCCCACUUUCACCCGACCAUACCUCACUUGUUGUCGAUAAGAAAAUUGUCGAGGAAAAGAACCAGCGAGGGGGGCUAUUCGGAAGUGUACAAGGGCCAUCUGGAAGACGGGCAGCUGAUAGCUGUCAAACGACUAAUCAGAGGAACUCCUGAGGAGAUGACGGCCGAUUACCUAUCAGAGCUCGGGAUUUUGGUGCACGUAAACCAUCCUAACAUAGCUGGAAUUAUCGGCUAUGGAGUCGAAGGCGGGAUGCACUUAAGGGAGAAACUGAUAUGGAGGCUAAGGUACAAUAUUUCUCUGGGCAUUGCCUCUGGCCUAUCGUACCUUCACGAGGGCUGCCAGCGGAGGAUCAUUCACCGGGAUAUUAAGUCUGCUAAUAUUUUGCUCACAGAAGAUUUCGAGCCUCAGAUUUCGGAUUUCGGGCUUGCGAAAUGGCUUCCUGAUCAGUGGACUCACCUUAAUGUUUCGCAGUUUGAAGGCACGUUUGGAUAUCUUCCCCCCGAGUUUUUCAUGAAUGGCACGGUGGACGAGAAGACUGAUGUCUACGCGUUCGGAGUGCUGUUGUUGGAGCUCAUUAGUGGCCGUCCAGCAAUAGACGAGUCACAUAAUAGUGUGGUGAUGUGGGCCAAACCUCUGUUAGCCAGCAAGAGUAUUACAGAUAUAAUUGAUCCAUUGCUCGAUGGAGUUUACGACUUGGAUCAAGUUUUGUUGAUGUUAAAAGGAGACGAUAGCGUGUCUCAGAACAAGAAGAAGUUCCAAAAAAGACCGGGACUCAGAAGGACAUACCCUUUGGAGUUGAUCGAGGAAGAAGAAUGCAACUCGAACAAAUCUCCAUUACAUGAUAGAAACCACAAAAUCAACAAUAUCACAAUAUUCGACCAAGAUAGCCGUUGUCAAAACGGUGGGGAUGAUCCUUUCUUGCAAAACACGGCAUGAUUUAAGAAAUUAUAAUAAAAAGGGAAAAGAAAGGGGGGCGAGCAUUGGAAUGUACAGCCAUCCUCCAAAUUGCUUAGAAAUUCUUGCAGAUUUUUGAAUUUUUAUUUUUUUUUGGUUUUUGUUUUUUGUUUUUGUUUUUAUGUUCCACUCCUUUAUUCAAGUUUUAUAAAUUCCGAUGAAUUAGGUGAUUCGGUUAGAAUUUUCUAACGGUGAGCUCUGGCUACAGUGAAAAAGAUUGUUUUGAGUGCUGUACUAAUGAGCUAUCAAGUCUUGUAUAUACACAAGAAGUACCAAGGUUGAUAAACAAGCAAUGUUAUACCAUUUAUUUAUUUAUUUUGAA